AUGUUUCCCUCAGUGCGCGUCAAAGUGCGCAACCUGGACCCGUGCCAGCAGUAUUACAUCGCAAUGGACGUCAUGCCCGUGGACUCCAAACGCUAUAGGUACGUGUACCACAGCUCGCAGUGGAUGGUGGCGGGAAACACGGACCACUCGUGUAUCUCUCCCCGGCUCUACGUGCACCCGGAUUCACCGUGCGCGGGGGAGACGUGGAUGCGUCAGGUCAUCAGCUUCGAUCGGGUCAAACUCACCAACAACGAGAUGGACGAUAAGGGACAUAUUAUUCUUCAGUCGAUGCAUAAAUACAAGCCACGUGUGCACAUCAUCCGGCACGAUCCUCGGAUGGACUUGUCUCAGAUCCAGUCGCUGCCUGCUGAAGGAGUGCACAGCUUCUCCUUCCCCGAGACUGAGUUCACCACAGUCACAGCCUAUCAGAAUCAACAGAUCACAAAACUGAAGAUCGACAGGAACCCGUUCGCCAAGGGCUUCAGAGAUCCAGGAAGGAACAGAGGGGUGUUGGAUGGCUUAUUGGAGUCGUAUCCCUGGAGAGGCCCUCUCAGCUUGGACUUCAAGCCUUUCACCAUACAGCUCCAAGGGAGCUCGGGGUCACCGACCAGUGGCGUGAAGAGCCUCCUCCCUCUCUCCUCGUCCUCAUCCCUUCACCCAUUCUCCGUCUCUGCGCUCUCAUGCCAGGACGCCGCUCUCCACACCCUCACGCUCCCCCUCUACGGCAAGACCUCCGUUGCCUCUUCGCCCAGCACCUCCCCGCUGCCCAGCAGGGCCUUCUCCUCCCUGGGAGUGGACAGACUGAGAGGCCUGCCCCCACUCGCCCCGAUAACAGACCUCCCGCUCCUCUCCGCACUGCAGGGGAAGAAACCUCCCCACUACAGGGACCCCUGUCUUCACGGGUCAUCGGGGAGCUCCCCCUGCCUCAUCCCCCUGCACAGCCCCCUCGGCCCUCAGGGGCCCUCUCUCCUCCCUCAUCUCUCUGACACUGCGGGCCCGUACUGUCUUUACCGCUACAGCUUCCCCCUGAACCCCCAACUCACAGCUAUUUCCCGGCACGCCAAGCUAGCCGAAGACACCACAGACUGUCUGCUGCGCCAGUCUCCAUGGCACCCGACCACCAACCACUGCCUCUGACAGCUGGACCGCACUUGCAGGCUCUGGCCCAUUGAGUGUAACAAGCCAAAGCUUAUUGCAACAAAACAGAGAGGGCUCGUUCUCUUUAAGCGAGAUUCAAAGGAGGAACAAACACAGAACUCUGGGGACACUUUUUGUAUUUAAAAAACUAUUUUGUACACUGUGUUGGAUUUACCAGCACAGAAACUGAUCCUGAAGCAGACUGUGAGCAGCUCUAGACCCUAAAAGACCAGCAUUGGAGUAAAAAAAAAAAAGAACUGUAGACAAGAUGUAGAUUUUUA